GGGCCCUCCAUCUCGGUUCGCAUCAGUUGGCCUGGCUAUGCCUUUUGGUCCAGGCAGAUCCCCACCCGCGACUUCAGGACACCACCGCAGCCUGUGACUCGGGCCAAGUUGGCCAAGAAUGUCGCAAAGACCGUGGAGCGUUUCAUCACCGAACACCAGAACCGCUCGAUGGACGACGCAGGCGAUGCUGGCUCUGCCGCAGCCAACCAGAAGUGGAAGAUCGGAGGGCCGGAUGGCAUUCAAGCCACAGAUCUCGUCCUUCUGCACUUGGAGAAUGUUAGCAAAAGCAGUUGGCAGGUCGCACUUCAACUCUUGCACCCAAGGUCCUCGCAA